AGUGAGGGGCAGGGCGGCUCCUCCGAACGAGGGUGGUAGUCGGGCUGAGGGGAACCCAGCUGUGCCCAGCUGCCACCGCCCAGACCCCCCGGGCCCCUCCCCAAUGGCCGAGGAGACCUUCCCCUUCACCUCGUCCACGCUGCGGGCUCUCCGCCUGCAGCGGGAGUGGCUGGAGUGGGAGGACCGGCGGCGGGCUGCGGCCCAGCAGUGCCGGAGCCAAAGGUGCCCCCCCAGUGCCCGGGCCCGACUCACCAGGCCACGCCGCUGCUGCCGAGACCCAGCCGUGCACAACGCUCUGUUCUCUGGUGACCUACAACAGGUCCAAGCCCUGUUCCAAGAGGAAGACGCUGCCAACAUGAUUGUGGAGACUGUGAGCAACCAGCUGGCCUGGUCAGCUGAACAGGGGUUCUGGGUGCUGACCCCCAAGACAAAGCAGACAGCGCCCCUCACCAUCGCUGCCAGCCGAGGCUACACUGACUGUGCCCGCCACCUGAUCCGGCAGGGAGCGGAGCUGGAUGCCCGGGUUGGGGGGCGGGCAGCCUUGCAUGAGGCCUGCGCCCGAGCCCAGUCUGACUGUGUGCAGCUGCUGCUGACCUUCGGUGCCAAGGCCAACAUGUUGUCCGAGGAGGGCAUGACCCCCUUGCACCUCUGUACAGCGCCUGAGUCCUUGCAGUGCGCCAAGCUGCUGCUGGAGGCGGGAGCGACUGUGAACGUGGCGGCACAGGACAGUGAGGUGACCCCCCUGCACGUGGCAGCGGCUCGCGGCCUGGAGGAGCACGUGGCUCUCUACCUGGAGCACGGAGCCAACGUGCACCUACGCACCAGCCAGGGCGAGACAGCCCUGAACGCCGCGUGCGCGGGGGCCGAGGGCCCGGGCAGUGGCCGACAGCACCAUGCGGCGGCGUGCCGUCUUCUAGCGGCGGGGGCUGAUCCCCGCGCUGCUGGCCGCAAGCGCCACACGCCGCUGCACAACGCCUGUGCCAAUGGCUGCGGGGCCCUGGCUGAGCUGCUGCUGCGCCAUGGCGCCUGCGCUGGAGUGCCCAAUGCAGCGGGCCACACACCCAUGGACUGCGCCCUGCAGGCCGUCCAGGACGCCCCCAACUGGGAGCCCGAGGUCCUCUUCGCUGCGCUUUUGGACUAUGGGGCCCAGCCUGUGCGCCCGGAGAUGCUGAAACACUGUGCCAACUUCCCUCGGGCCCUGGAAGUCCUGCUCAAUGCCUACCCCUGUGUCCCCUCCUGUGAUACCUGGAUGGACGCAGUCCUCCCAGAGCUGUGGCAGGAGCACGAAGCCUUCUACAUCUCAGCCCUGAGCAUGGCGAACCAGCCGAGGCGGCUGCAGCACCUGGCUCGGCUGGCUGUGCGUGCUCAGCUGGGCAGCCGAUGCCGACAGGCCACCGCCCACCUCCCCCUGCCCCCUGUCCUCAGGGACUACCUGCUGCUGCGUAUUGAGGGGCGUAUCCAGUGAGCCCUAGGCGAGGGUGCUCCCGGAGCUCAUACUGCCCCCUCCAUCAGUCGUCUCCCUACAACCCCGGAGGACCAACCCCUGGCUCUCUUGUCUACACACCCUGUGCCCUCCCCAGACAGCUCCCCCAUUCACUGGCUUCUAGAGCUACUUGCUGACCUCCCGCCCGACCUGAGCUUCAGCUUCCAACAGGAUAGUCUGCAGACUCAGCCUUCAUCCGCCUCUGUCUCUUUUGCUUAAGGGGAUGGCCCCUCCAGCCCAAGCCAGUUGGGGGUGAUCCUUAUUGCCCCCCGAUCUGUGUACCUGUUUGGCCUCCUAAAGAGUGAGCUACUCUGCCUGUGCCCCAAAUGCCUCGGCUCAAACUGCCUUUGUUGCUUGAAGGGAGGCCCUCCCUGCUUGGUCUUGAAACCCAGGCCGCACAAGGAUGCCGGAGUUUCUUUUGGGAUUCACAACUCUGAUUCCUGGUGGCUCCUCGCCGGUCAGGCUAAGGGAGACCCAUCUUCCUCCCCUGCCUCCACCAAGCUCUCUGGCCUUCUGAUCGCCCUUCCCCCUCUGAGGUUCCUGUAAUCCAGCCUCACCAAACCAGGCAGACUUACGGGUUCCCGGAUAUGACCUGCUCUGAUUGGCCUCUGGGCAUUCUACAUGUGCUGUUCCCUCUGCCUGGUACACACCCUUCCUACAUUUUUUUGGUCUGGGUCAAAGCUAAUUUGACUCAGCCCAAUAGCACGGUCUCCUCAGAGCCUUCCUUGGACUGCACUUAAUUAAGGGACUGUGCCUGCCUCAGCUUGGCUGGGACUGGGACUGUAUUCCUUGAAAAGGCCUUUCAGCAAAUGGUUGUUGAGGAAGGAAGAAAUGCAUGAUCCCUGGGACCCUUUUAUGGUCGAGUCUCCCCACUACCCUGCCCCAACCAGGGAUGCACGAUGUCUUAAACAAUGAUCAUUACAUGUGUGGUCUCUAAGGGCCUGUGACAGACAAGCUACUAGCUGUCCCUUCACUCUCUCAUACCCUCCUCUGGUCCCAGAGUCAAAAGUACCAUCCUUCAUCUUCAAGAGGAAUCUUUUAAGCCAAGCCAGUGUUUGUGAAUGCAAAUAAACAAUGUGUGCCCG